AUGCUUAGCCAAAGAUUUGCAACAAAAUACGUCAUAAAACAAUUCGGAAAAUUAAUUUCCCCUUUUUCAACACAAAUAAAAAUUGAUGACAUAUUAACUACAUAUUUAAAACUCGAUAAUAAUACUAUUGAAACAUUUCAUGAAUACAAAAAGAAGAGUAAAAUUAUAAAAAUAUCGAAAAACAGACUUAUUCGGAAUUGUAUAACAUUGCGCGAUUUGGAUAUAAGAUUAGAAAAGAAGGAAUAUUUGCUAGAAUGCUUAAUGCUCGAUCCUAAACUCUUGAAGAAUAGAAUUCUUGUGCUUAAAGAAGUGGGCAUAGACUCUGUAGAUUUAUUUCAUAUUAGACGGUUUUCAAUAUUAAUGUACAAAUCUGUGAACCAGUUCAAAAAGUUACAUGGCAUUUCAUCUAGUCAAAGUAUUAUGAGAAUUUUAUUUUCUAAUAUAGGCAUUAAAGUUGAUAUACCUGAUCAAAAAAUGCUAAAAAAAGAGACUACUAUGCGAAUUGGUAGUUAUUAUCAAUUGUGUGUGUUAUACCAUAAAACAUAUCAUAUGAAAUUGCAUGAUGAAUUGUUUUAUAAACAGAAGAAAAUGAAAUAUUUAAGUCUUACAGAAAUGUCCAGAAUGCUAGAUGUGCUGAAACAUAAAUGUCAGUUUGAUAUAGAAUUCUUAAAACAACACCUUUACCUUCUAAAUGUGGAUGUUGACAACGUUGAACAAUUUUUAAAUGAAUUUAAAUACCUAAAAAUAAAUAAUAAAAAUAUGUUUGAAAUAAUAAGAAUAUAUCCCCGAAUCCUGCUUCGUGAUGUAAGUGAAACAAAAGAAUUAUUACAAAUUUUCCAGAGCUUCGAAAUACCACAUAGAUCUCUAUAUACUAUAGUGAAUGGUUUGAAAAUGAAGAAAGACACGUUUUUAAGACGGUAUACUGCUAUAGAAAAUAACUUAGAGUUAGCUAUAUGGUUGAAGCAUCCACGAAUCAUGUUUAUGACUUAUUUCUACAAAUUGGUCAUAAAUCGUUUAACAUAUUUGAAACAUUUAAACCUUGCGAACAAUGCAAAUAUUAACACAUAUUUAUCAAAUAAGGAAUUCUUUUCGAGAUUUUUGGAAGGAAAUACUUAUGUAGCAGCAGGAAAACAUUUAGCAUAUAUUUUAAGGAAAGAACUAGGGCAUGACAAGGUUCAUGUUUUGUCUUCUAUUCAACGACAUCCUUAUUGGAGAUAUGUUUCACUGACACAAAUCAGUGAAACAAUACAAUAUUUGAAGGAACAUUUUUCAAUAGAUAAUAUAUGUAAAAAUAUUCAGAUUAUACUUUAUCCAAUGUCGACAAUUGAUAAUACAUUAAAUUUGUUGUACAAAGAAUGUUCCUUACAAGAUGGAUAUAAUUAUACUCCUACACAAUAUUUGGCAUUAUGUUUGUACAAGUUAGAACAAAAACAUCAUUUCAGUGGGGACGGAGUGUGGCAAACCAAAAUGUCGGUUUUCAAUCCAAAUGUUUUGGAGGAUGGAUAUGAGCUUCACGAACUUGUUGAUCAUAUAAAUCAUGGUUACAACGAAGUGAUCAAUUCAAAUGGAGCAGCAUGGCUUGAACAUUUACUACAAUACUAAGUGCGUGUAAAAGAUAUAUAAAGGGUUUCAUAGAGCAUAACAAUUAAAUAUUUCUAGAAAUAUGAGUAAUGUAAAAUCUGCUAAUAGGCAAAAUUAGAAACUAACUCUUUGAUUCAACAAUUUUAUAUGCGAUAGUAUCAUAAAGAUUUUACAAGAUUACUGACGUUGUUUAAACAACGUAGUAUAUACUUUUUUAUCCAAAAUACAUUUUAAUUGAAUCAUAAUCCAUAUUCUAAAACAAACUGAUUUAAAGAUUUGCCUAAAAAUAUUUUAUUUUUUCCUGUUAACCUUUGCAGUUUAGUUGUACAUAUUUUCAAUUGUCAUGCUUUAUGUGAUUUAUGUAUAUGUGGAUUACAAUAAAUUUGCUAUUAAUGGAUUGGUCA